AUGAAAAUGCCCGCCGAAAAUCGUAGACCCAAAACUUCCUUUUCCGUUUCGAAGAACACAAUGUAAGUUUACUCUAUAUCUUUACAUUACACAGUUUAUUGUUACUUUGAGAUGUUUCGUUCCAGCUUUUAGAUGCACUUUUUCUUGUAGGCCUCUGAACUAGAUAACCCUUGCGUGAAAAUAGAGUACAGAAGGGUGUUUUAAGCUUUCUUUGAAGACAAAUUGUUAGACGCGAUUAAUUGAUGUUUAUGUUGACCUACUCUGACCUUCUCAUUUGUAUCUUGCUUAACAGAAAUAUUUGUGCGUCGUAUACUUGGGAAGUUAGCGUGUUUGCAGCUUUAAGAAAUCUCACAAAAUUUCUGUUUUUUUUUUUAUAUUGCAAUAUUGCUAUGCGCGUUGUCGUUUUUAAUUACAUGAAAAUAGCUCGCUAAUUCACUUCAAGUGCUCUUCUGUUAUCGCUGUCUUAAAUGAUAUGUUUUAUUGCAAGCACUUCUGCUAUGCGUCUCUUUCAAAGUAGUGGAUGUCAUCGCCGAGCAUCUUUAAGUCUUCGCAGUCUCAUAUCACAAGUUAACAGCAAGUACACCUUUCCAUUGUACGUUGAUUUGCACUAGGUUUUUUUAACGUAGAGCUUAACUGGGCUCAAAGGAGGCUAGCUAGGCCAUUCCGGCUUUUGUAAUGUUAAUCAUGCUAAACAGAUAAAAUUAGGGCUUCUAAACAUUUACAAGCGGUCGAAUUUUGCUUUGUGAGAGCUCAAGCUUUUUCUUGUUUGCCGUUAGCUUUUGUUAACUUGUCUCAGUAAUAUAACUAGAAAAUUUGCGGACUGUUAGUGGUUAUCCAACAAAGGUUGCUCAAGUAACUCAAGGGUAGUAAUGUAAUUGCCUCCUGAUGACAUGGUUUUGUUGUCCAGUGAUUGUGUACAAAACGUCUUCGUUCUGGUUGUUAUUAAAAUAUGCACGCUUGGGUAGCUUGUGAUAAAAGCCAUUACGAAAACUAGUUCGAGAUCUCUGGUGAGCUAUACAUUGUAGGCUGUGAGGAUUUUUUGUUGUGGUUGACGAAUCUUUUCCAAUAGCUAUGUAGGUCUGAUCGAUCUUUUUAGUUUAUUCAGUUGAAUCUGGUUAACACUGCAAAAUAGUCCAUGUUUUUGCGCAGAUCUAGAACGCGCAUGAGAGAAUAAAAAGAGAUUCCGUUUGAAUUCGAGUCAGUUUAUAACAUCCUAAUAAUUCAUUUUGUCCGACCCCAGUAGAGACGAGAUUGGCGUAAAUUUGCGCACGCGUGCUAAGUACGCGUUUCCAGGUGGUUGGCGUCAUCCAUAAACGCUGCUCUGAAUUCUGAUUGGUUCAUUACUUUAUCUUUGUCAAUUGGUUGAUUCUUUAAGGGCUACCAUGCUUUUGUUUUCCCUAGGAACAUUUGUUUCAAAACAAGUCCCGUGAAUUGUACACGCUUUCGUACUGGCUAUAGGACUAGUGCUUGUCAUUUCUUAAUAUAAGUCUUAUACUGGUUUUGUUUUGUUUUAGUUAUGAGACAAAAACCGAUUUACAUCAUUUGAUCUUAUGGAUGUUAAGAGGUUUUUGGCUGGAUGGCUCGAACCUAAUGCGAUGAUAUUAUGUUCAAACCCAAAGCAAGUGGACUAAAAAGAACGGUUCCAUUUUUAUUUGUCUUCAUUGAUAAGCUCUCCUUUAAAAAUUGAGUGGCUGAAAUUUUGUUCCUACAAAACGCACUUAAAACGUUUAGCUUUUACCUCUGGAGUGUCCAAGAACCCGAGCUUCUUGCUUUGGGCCGGCCGGUAGAUCGACCCUCUAAAAGAGCUUUGUACAGAAAAGUGCGACAGAUUUUCUUCUAAAUCCUAAAAUAAAACAUUCAUGAAAUUUUUGCUUUAAUCCCCCCUUUCCAUUAAACUAGCAGUAGCAGACAAAAAUAUCGAAGAUUCGCGUUCGAGUUAUUAUCAUGUCUCGAAACUGUAAUCCGAUUUUAAGAGCGCAAUAUCAGAAGAUCUGAGGUUUGUUUCAAGGUUGCUCGAAUUGAACUGGAUGGAUAUUUUUUGGGAGCAAAUAGGUCGAAUUUUGACAGCAUGCUCAAAACAUUUUAGACCUGGUAAGUUAAGCAACUUUCUGCAUGACCCGUACUUGAUAAUCAAGCUUACCACAGGUCCCUCAGGAUUUGACUUGCCGUAAUAAGCUGUUCGUGAUGUACGGAUGAAAUAAGCGUUCUUUUCUUUUCUGGCUUUAAGUCGAUCUUACUUGUUUUCUAUGCAACGAUGACCUGUGUGUUUCCAAGCUACAGCGCACGGAAUCUUAGAGUUGAGUAACUAAAACUAGGUGGCCUAUGUAGCCGGGGUUCGAAAACGUGUCGGUGAACACAAGAGUCAACAAAUUGAACUGAAAAUAGCCCCUAUAGAAAGAAUCGGUAUCUAAUGCCUGUCAAGCCGGCGCACGUUCUUCUCAAUGUAACGACUUGCAAACAAGCGAAUGGCGACAAUCUGACUAAUUUAUUCCUUUACUGUAUCAUUUCUUUCUGCAAUGAAUUACUACUUUCUUACCAAAAUAAACUGAUAAAUUGGUCUGCUGCUCACUAAAUCUGUUUUUAAUGCUGCCUUUAGUGCUUGUAGCGUAGCUUCAAGUAACAAAAUCUGGCCUAAUCUCGUUCCCAGAUCUCUUGUUGACGAGGCCGAUAAGAGAUCUGGGUACAUACAUAUAUACAUACAUAAACUUUAUUUUAACUCGAAUUUACAGAGUACCUAUAUUGAGCUAAUAUUUCCGAGCACGAGAUUAAAUCUGGUAAGCUGUCGAUGUGAGAAAGUUUGGUUAUGACGUAACCGAAUUACGGAGCGCUUUCCAUUCAACAAAAUUUGCCUGUAGGAAAUUCCACGUGUCAAACCACGUGUCCGGUUGCACAGACUCGACCCAAGCUACCACGUGUUUGGUUAUUGUUCAGGUGAUCAGGAUACAAAAUAGCGGUAUUGGGAACAACAAUUUUAUCAAAAGACCAUAUUCACGAUACCCGCCAUCUUUGAACGCGCUAAAGGACUGAUGGGGAAAAAAGGCAAUGUCACGUGGUUUCUCAGGGGGCAAACAAAUGAUAAAAGCUGCCAAUGCAAGAAAUCACGGUCGAGUUUGUUUACUGUAGACAACAGAAAAUAAAGAACUUUCCAUAAUAAAGUCGAUAAUGGCAAAUUAUGAGUAGAAGUAAUCAAUGUUACUUCUUUGGAUGCUGUAGCGACCGUAGAUAUCCUCACAGCAAACAAUAAUGUCGUAAAUCUUGUGGAAACUCGAAAUGGCUUUUUGCUAGAAAAUUAAAUCGUCGUCAUGUUUUGAUAGCAUAAACAAACUCGAUCACGAUUUCUUGCAUUGGCAGCUUUUGUCAUUUGUUUGCCCCCUGAGAAACCACGUGACAUUACUUUUUUCCCAUCAGUCCUUUAGCAAGUGCAAAGAUGGCAGGUAUCGUGAAUUAGGUGUAAUGGAAAGGGACAUUUCGUUCCGGUCAACCAAAAUGACCAGACCGGUCAAAGUGGACUACCUUCAAAGGUGGUACUAAAUAUUCCUGUCGGACCGAACCGAAAUGGUCCGUUCCAUUUUAUGUGGGCGUCAGCUGUCCAACUGGGUAAGCGAAAGUGAAAUGUCACAUUUAACUGCAUGGUGCUUUUUUGGUGGGAAAUCGUGUGGCAACCCGCGUUUUUUGGGCGGGAAAACUGAAUAGGAAACUGAAAAUAACAACAAGAAAGCAAAAAAAGAUGUCGUAAACAUUGUAAUCAGAAAGGAAUUUAUCGCUGCUCUGCGGCAUACUAUUUGCUGAAUUUGAUGAGGACAAUGAGAUAUGCUUUCUAGAGUCCAGGCCCUGGUUGUUCAAACGUUGGAUAGCGCUAUCCAACGUUUGAGCAACCGGGCCCAGGUGACAACUUACUCAUUUGCUUGUUUUAUGAAAGCUUAUUGUGGGGUAUUGUGAAUUGGCAGUUCACUUGCAUAAUCAGUUUAAGCUUAUAUUUAGCUCAGAAAUUAUUUAUUUUGAUAAAUUUAGUCUGGCUAGCAUUUGGUUUUGACUCAGGCUUAAAUAAUAUCGUGCUUAUAAAACGCAAGUUUGUCUUUCUCAUUUGGAUGGCGGGCGAUGAGUUUAAAUUGUACAAAGCAGUUCGUGGUCGAUUCUUCUGAUCUGCUGUACUUUCACAUUUAAUUGCUUGGUUUAGUGUGCUUUUUCCUAACUAGUCCACGUAGCUCGUGCACGUGGGCACGAAGAAAAUCUAAAAUCUUAAACUGUAACCAUUCAUUAAACCAACAGAAAAAAAACCUUGACUCACCUAGCAAUUUUAAUAUACAAAUACUGCCAGUCAACUACCUUACAUAUACAUGGCACUCUUAUUAAACGCGCAAGCCAAUCUUUUGCAUUCUGGUAGUUACACUGGAUCAAUGAAAUACCUCUACGCAAUUUGGAAAAGCCAAGAAGUGGAUUUUUAGUUAAAUUAAGUUUACUUCUCUUAGCUUUUGUUGUUAGUUUACUCAUUUUAGAGUUCCAGUGUCACAGCUUAUGUUUGAAACGGCUUGGAGUGUAUGCGCGUAAUUAUUAUUGUUAUUGCCGGUUUUUGUCUUAUGCUAAAUUGAACGAAUAAUGGUUGUUUUAAAGUAAAGCAUUUCUACCUGAAUAGAACUAAGUAAGAUUGUUUUUUGCGUGCUCGGGAUUGAGUCAACUUCAUGUCACCCAACUCAAGGUCAGCAUUAUAAAUCAGUCUCGUAUUUCGAUAUGACUACGAGAGGCAAUAAAAAUGUUGUUUUCGAAGACAAGAAAAGACAAGAAUGGCGCUGAAAGUAUUAUGCAUGGAUUUCUGAUCUGACAAUAGUCUUGUCGGCACUGACUCCAUAUCAAAGUGAUUAGCAAUUGUUUUUCUUGAUUACUAAUUUGCAUUGUGAGUGGAACCUUUUUGUUUCCUUGGUCGCCCUAGAUUCAAAUAUUUGUUGGUGAAUAAAUGUUAAGCGUUAAGAUAAAUGGCACGCGAGUGAAAUCUGUAGGAAGUACCAUGGAAAGGUCUUUUAAAUGACGGAAUAUGACAUAGCGAGGUAAAGUUAUAAGUACCUUAUUCUAUUUUAGGUUUAAAGUGACUAUUACGCAUAGCACUUUUCUCUACGCAUAAGGGCCAAGCUCUCAAAGCUCAAUCCUUAACAUUGCUUAAGAUUAGUGGACGGAUUUUUGGGUACUUAAUGGUAUAAGUUGAUGGAGUGUUUGUUGACUUAGAGAGUUUAAUCUUGCUCUUUCAUGAUCCAAAGAUCAAAGUUUUUUUCACAUUUUUCACAUUUUCUAACAUAAAAAGCUUAGCUAGCAUCAAACACUGUUAUUAAUAGAUUCCAUUUAGUAAAUGGUCACAGUUUAUGAUUUGGUCAAAGAAACUGGGGACCACCAAACUCCUUUUGGACCGAGAGAGAAACAAAUUUUAAUUCAUGUGGACCUCGUGAGAAAUCCUGGCCGCUAGCAAGAACUUUCACUUGUUGAGAAUCCGCUGGAAUCGCUAUACUUUAGCACUGAAAAGUAUGUAUCCCUAAUCGGCGACGUCAUAAGCGAUAGACUCUUGUGAGUAUACGUGAACGUUUAAAAUAAUCAGAUAUGAACAAUUAUCUACAAACUAUUAGCUUAGUCCAGCAAUUGUUAUAAUAAUUUUGUUGUUGUUAGGAAGUACCGAUUAAAAGUUAAAAAUAGUGAUAGAAUAAGAACUGAAUUAUCAGGUAGAGUCUAUUUUAGUUAUCGACUGCGAAAUGAAGCAAAAUGUUUAAGAUGAUUGCGUUCAAAAUGGUGUUUGUUCAGCAGAGUAAAUUAGUUUAAAACAUCGGCAGCAAAGACAUAAUUUUGUUUUUUGACAAACUCUCUAGCACUCGUUUGAAAAUCCGAUACAUAAAUGAAAUGUUGAUCAAAGGAAUCGAAGUGAUCGCGCCUCUGCUGCGUCGGUAAUUUCCAUGCUCACUCAGAGUAUUUCUUUUCGCUUGCUGUGAAGAGCAAUCUCAGCUAUUUCAUAGCAAUACUUCACCCAGGAGAAGUUCAAAAAGCACCCUAAGCCCAUGGGUUAUACCGCCUCCAUAAAGCCGAAGACAAACACAACAUUUUUCUUUUUCAACCUUACCAUUCCUUUUUAGAAUUGACCUUCAUUAUGCAAUUUCAAUUUCUCUUAGAUCCCAGGGCCACACGGUAAAGGACGAUUUGGAGGUGUGGAUGUCGUUUCAGAAGCACCGCACUGUUCCGCCGUUCCCUGGUCAUGCUGGGGGCACUGCCAGGAGCUGGCCAAACUCAAGACCAGCUGGAGGUAUGUGCAAGCUAUCCUCUUCGUUCGGGACACAUUUUUGUCAUUUUUCUCCGAACGGAAAAUGAACGACGGAUCUGAGCUCCCUCAAAAGGUUGCUAAGUUGGACCCUACCGUUCUUCAGUCAUUUACCAUUCUAAAAGUCCUCUGAUAAGACCGGGGGGGGGAGGGGGGGGGGGCUUUUCUAUUUCAAGCACGUUUGGGGGGGAAGGGGGUUGGAGGGGGGGGGGGGCCCUAGGGGUAUUUUGAAAGAGGGGGGGGGGGGCGGGGGCUUUUCUAUUUCAAGCACGUUUGAGGGGGAAGUGAGUUUGAUGGGGAGGGGAGCCUUAGGAGUUAUUUGAAAGAGAGGCUUAAUAGAGUCCUUACCAUCAUUUAGCUCUCUGUAGGGUCUGUAGGACGGUCACCGUGUCUUUCUUAGAGAUAGAGAGAUCUGUCUUUCGGUUCCAAAGAUACAGUUGAACCUCCAUGUACGACCACCUCUCUUAAGCGACCACCUCCCAUAAGCCAUUUUAAGUAUUUGCAUUUUGGGUGGUUGCUUACGGGAGGUUCGAAUGUACUGAACACUUCAUACAACUGCAAUGCACGUUACACCUCUUACACCCCUAUACUACGGACACCGCCCGUAUUAAAGCAGUUUCACUGUGCUAAUAGCCGUUGAGCGUGGGCUUAACGUUACCUUCUCUCAAAUCAGCGGCAUUUACAGUAGGUAACAUUUGAUCUGAUAUUCUCUUUUGAAAUAAACAAAAUUUCAGUGAAGUUGCAAGAAGUUGCUGCUCUUGCAGCUAUAACAUUGUGCGCAAUGGCUGCGAAGCAUUGUUCGGUCAGGCUUUUCACUGCCUUUCUAUCUGCCGAACAAAGGGAAGUAAAAACCGAUAAUGCAUGUGUGCACUUUGCAGUACUUUUAAGGCAUAUCGUGAAAUGUACAGUGCUAUAAAUUGCUGGUUUAAAUUUGCAAUCGCCAGCAAAAUAUAGCCUCUUCUCGAAGUACUCUUACUUUUUUACUUCUACUGAAAAUGUUAACCGAAUUACACGAUCGUCUAUACUCGAGCUGUACGCGAGACUCGGAUCCUUCACGGACAGUAGUUUUAGCCCAAAACGGCCGGGUUUGCAGCUACCUCAACAUGCAUUGUGCUGUAAACAUAACGUUUUGCAUUCGAUGGCAACUUUAUUUUAAACUUAAGCUCGCGCAUGACUUUGUAUCGCGUAAUUUGUUUUCGAAUGGCGAAUUUCGCUCGUUAGUGUCCCAUGUGCAAAUUGAUGAAAACAGCCCACUGAACCACCUCCUGGAAAGUCUCGGUCAGAAAUGAAAAGUAAUCCUUUGAAUAUACGUUACAUUAUAGUUAUAUAAAACAACCAGGCAGAUAGGUCUUUGCACUAUCAUCUGCUUUUCAGUGGGCGGCACAAGGUUUUGAUGAAAUUGGUAACAAUGGUGUUAUUUUGAACAGUUUCCACUCUGGAAUUGGGCUUCAUCAAUCGGCGAGCAGUGUCAACCACUGAAUCACGUGCCAGAGGGCUUCCACCAAUCACAGACAAGCCUAGGCCAGGAAACAGAAAAGUUGGAUUAAGAGGUGGUAGACAGGAAAAACAACAGCUCUGUUGGGCCAGAAGUUGGGCAGGAGUCCGCGCAGAACAAACAAACGUUCACGCUAAAGGUUGCACGGUUUGUACUACGCAUAAUAGAAGAAGUCACCUGGGCCCUUUGAAAAACUCAGGCUUGAAAAUUGCUCACAAAAACAAAGUGUUAGCGAUGAAUGAAAAAGAGGCAUUGUUAUUUAAGAGACUAAAAGGAAUCUACGCAAACUCUACGGAAAAGACUUUACGGGUUCAGCGACUUCAGAAUAAUAUUAAUUCAUUACAGUCGAGAACUCUUCACUCAGAAAUAGACUAUAGUUUAAGAGAGUUUAAAAAGAAACAAGAAGAUGACAAGAGGAAUAGAUCAGAACUCAAACGAGUCCGAGAAAGGUUUUCAAAGGAUAGAGAACACCGUCGUAAGAGUUCUUAUGUGAGUUUAAGCGCACUAGAGUGUCCACAAGUUUCCCGGCAGGCGUAUGGGCUCCCCGAGGAUGGCCAUGAAUAUAGACAGUCUAGCGUGAUGCAACAUGCUCACGAAAAGCUGCGUGAUAUUUGGAAAAAUGCUAUGAAACGUGCUGUCAUUGUCGAUAAAAUGAUAGGUGUAAUGAAGAAAGAGAAAGAGCCGUUACCUCAGAUUAAAGUACGCAGAAAAAGCAUGGCUCAAAAAGAAGCAAGGUCCCCCAGUCCAGUAAAAGAAGGUAGGCCUGAGUUCUGGUUAAUUUAGGCCCCGUCGACACCAACGCGUUUUCGUUUGAAAACGCAUAUGCAUCGAUGCCUUUAGGCCUUCCGUCUACACUAAUACGCUUAGCGCGUUUUCAUCGAAAACGCAUCUAUCUGAAAACGCUGUCGAAAGUGGAUAAAAAAGAAAGCGCAUGACCUAUCAUAUUAGUGUAGAGGGUCCAAAAACGGUCGAAAACGCAUCAAGGCGAAAACGAGGACCGAAAAUAUUGCAUGCGCGUGUGUUUGUAGCAUACACAUCGUUUUCAAACGUUUUAGUGUAUGGCCGAAAACGCAUCAAAACUGGGGACACAAAUCGAUCGAUGUGUUUUCGAUGACAACGGAACGCAUACUUUUGAAAACGCAUUAGUGUGGACAGGCCCUUAGUUUUCCACAGUUGCCACUACUUUGACCAGAAACUUAAGUUAUAUGUAAGGAGUCGCAUCAAUGAGAUAUAUUUCCAUAUACAAUAAAGACCUAAUAGCUGAAACUUACAGUACACUUGUUGACGUCCACUUACGUGUAAUACAAAGUUUCAGACAUUGACAUUCCUGUCAGUUUUUGUACUUGGGAUGAAUAUUUAAAACACUUAGCAAAUUUCCUGAGAUAUCUAAUAUCAAAAAUUGUCCAAAAUCCUAUUUCUAAAUAAUUCCUCGGUCUAAGAUAGCUUAGGGCUCCAAAUCCGCGCAAUGGCCCUCUUCCAUUUGUAUUUCAUGGAUAUUUUCCUUGGCCUAGAGUUUUCCGGGGUUAAAUUAAGACUAAUUCUCACUGUCAAUGAUCAUUUUUGUAGCGCUCCAAGAGAGAGACUCCAUGGAAACAGUGAAUCAGCUUGAAGUGGUUCUUGGAGAAAUAGAUGCUAUGUCCACAGGUACGACUCACAAAAUAUGCUACAAACUUUUUAUCCAGCCAAUAAGUCCCGAUAUUAUACGAGGCUCCGCGUGAUUUUCGAAGCGAACUAUAACACUGCUUAAAAUUCUCAUUUGUGGUUGAAAAUAACUGGUUGAUUGUACUCGAGUGAAUUUCUCGAGGCGUCUCAUCUUUGGAAAAUCAUGGUAGUGACGAAUUCACUUCAUCUGUGUUCCACUCUCCCACCGAAGUAACGCUGUAUUUUUGAAAAAACGAAUCCCUCUUACCUCUUACUAUACUCUACAGUCUAUCGACCCUCAGAAAAUCCUUUAGUCAGUCAUANAUGUGUUUUCGAUGGCAACGGAACGCAUACUUUUGAAAACGCAUUAGUGUGGACAGGCCCUUAGUUUUCCACAGUUGCCACUACUUUGACCAGAAACUUAAGUUAUAUGUAAGGAGUCGCAUCAAUGAGAUGUAUUUCCAUAUACAAUAAAGACCUAAUAGCUGAAACUUACAGUACCCUUGUUAACGUCCACUUACGUGUAAUACAAAGUUUCAGACAUUGACAUUCCUGUCAGUUUUUGUACUUGGGAUGAAUAUUCAAAACACGGGGCAAAUUUCCUCAGAUAUCUAAUAUCAAAAUUGUCCAAAAUCCUAUUUCUAAAUAAUUCCUUGGACUAAGAUAGCUUAGGGCUCCAAAUCCGCGCAAUUGCCCUUUUCCAUUUGUAUUUCAUGGAUAUUUUCCUUGGCCUAGAGUUUUUAGCGGUUAAAUUAAGACUAGUUCUCACUGUCAAUGAUCAUUUUUGUAGCGCUCCAAGAGAGUGACUCCAUGGAAACAGUGAAUCAGCUUGAAGUGGUUCUUGGAGAAAUAGAUGCUAUGUCCACAGGUACGACUCACAAAAUAUGCUACAAACUUUUUAUCCAGCCAAUAAGUCCUGAUAUUAUACGAGGCUCCGCGUAAACGAGGCUCCGCGUGAUUUUCGAAGCGAACUAUAACCCUGCUUAAAAUUCUCAUUUGUGGUUGAAAAUAACUGGUUGAUUGUACUCGAGUGAAUUUCUCGAGGCGUCUCAUCUUUGGAAAAUCAUGGUAGUGACGAAUUCACUUCAUUUGUGUUCCACUCUCCCACCGAAGUAACGCUGCAUUUUUGAAAAAACGAAUCCCUCUUACUAUUCUCUACAGUCUAUCGACCCUCAGAAAAUUCUUUAGUCAGUCAUACACCGAGUCAGUGUGUAAGAUUGUCAGUCAGCCCGGUAUAAGUCGUUAGUUUGUCAGUUAGUCCGACAGAGAGAUAUAGUUAUUUACUUCAUUAGUCAGACAGACGUUAGACCCGACGGUUUUUCACUCAGACAGUAGGUUCGUAAGACAGUUUAUCAGCCAGACAGUAAAGCGGUCAAGUCAGACAAGGACAGACAGACAGUCAGUUCUACAGUCGACGGAACCAGUCAGUUAGUGAGUAAACUACACAAAUGGAUGGGUCAAUCACUCUCCUCUGAGCUCUUUAAUGUUUUUUGUUUGUUAUUGUAAGUUAGUGACAUUUGUUUCAUUUCAAUUGCAGUGAUAUCAGAAUCAGAUGAAGAUCUUACGGACACUGAAGAAGAAUUUGAUUAACGUUCUCCUCCAAUAUUCAUAAUAUAAAAGUUAAAACAUACAAAACUGUGCGCAAGCUUAGCAAAGGAACGUCAAUUAACUUUUUACCUAUGUCUUUUCCGUAUCAUCGUAUACCAAGGUUUGAAAACUGUUCUAACUUGCCCAGAGUAUUUACUAGGAAUAUUA